AAGCCAUAUGCACCGCAGCAUGGAGCGCAGGAGGAGCAGCAGGAGCAGUAGGAGCAGGAGGAGCAGCACCUCGAGGGCUCUGCCAGUCUGCUGGAUGCUGCUCUGCCUGGUGGCCUGGACCUGGGCGGACGACUGGUCGCAGAGCUGCGCCUCCAACUGCACCUGCAAGUGGACCAACGGCAAGAAGUCGGCCAUCUGCAGCUCCCUGCAGCUGACCACCAUCCCGAGCACGCUGAGCACGGAGCUGCAGGUGCUGGUGCUGAACGACAACCACAUCCCGUACCUCAACCGGGAGGAGUUCUCCACUUUGGGGCUGCUGAACCUGCAGCGGAUCUACCUGAAGAAGUCCGAGGUGCAGUACAUCCACAAGGAGUCGUUCCGCAACCUGAAGAUCCUGGUGGAGAUCGACCUGUCGGACAACAAGCUGGAGAUGCUCGACAAGGACACCUUCAUGGGCAACGACCGGCUGCGCAUCCUGUACCUCAACGGGAACCCGCUGAAGCGGCUCGCCGCCUACCAGUUCCCCAUCCUGCCGCACCUGCGCACCCUCGACAUGCACGACUGCCUCAUCUCGUACAUCGACCCCAUGUCGCUGGCCAACCUGAACCUGCUCGAGUUCCUCAACCUGAAGAACAACCUGCUGGAGAGCCUCAGCGAGUACGUGUUCCAGCACAUGGCCAACCUGAAGACGCUCUCGCUGGAGGAGAACCCCUGGCAGUGCAACUGCAAGCUGCGCAAGUUCCGCGCCUGGUACGUCUCCAGCCGGCUCAGCUCCGUGAGCCUGGUGUGCAAGGGGCCGCCGGCGCAGAAGGACCGCUCCUGGGAGAGCGUCGACGACGAGCUCUUCGGCUGCCCGCCGCGCGUCGAGAUCUUCAACAACGAGGAGGUGCAGAACGACAUCGGGAGCAACACCACCUUCAGCUGCCUCGUCUACGGCGACCCCCUGCCGGAGGUCGCCUGGGAGCUGAACGGCAAGAUCCUGGACAACGACAACGUGCUCUUCGACUCCGAGAGCGUCGCCUCGGACAAGCUCUGGAGCAACCUGACCGUCUUCAACGUGACCAGCCUGGACGCGGGCACCUACGCCUGCACCGGCACCAACUCGAUCGGGAGCAUGACCCAGAACAUCAGCAUCUACCUCAGCGAGAUCGUGCAGCACGUGCUCGAGAAGACGCCGGAGACCUUCUGGUACUUCGGCCUGAUCAUGGGCAUCUUCGGCACCGUCUUCCUGCUCAUCUCCAUCUCGUUCGUGGUCUGCCUGUGCAAGCGCACGACGCGCCAGCACCGCCACGCCAACAAGGCGGGCGUCAAGUCCAGCGUCAGCUUCAACGACCAGGAGAAGAAGCUGCUCGACUCGAGCGUCACCACCACGACCAACGACCGCGGCGACAGCUACGGCAUCGACAACCAGCCCACCUCCAUCGGGCUCAACAAGGCCGACUCGGCCGGGAUGGGCUUCAACCAGAUCGAGAUCCACGCGGUGGAGAGCCACCGCCACGGGAGCAUGCUGGUCCCGCAGCACCACCAGUCGCAGCAGCACCAGCAGCCGCAGCAGGUGCCGGGUGGGCCCGGCCUGCGCCAGCAGCUGAUGCAGGUGAAGGACCCCUCCUGCGGCCUCAUCAGCGUGCCCACCUCCAUGGCCGGCCACGCCCACUCGCACCCCGCGCACCCCGCGCAGAUCUCCGAGGAGUUCCCGCUGAACGUGGGCGUCUUCCCGCCGCCGCCGGAGUUCUGCUCGAACAUCGUGCCGAACCCCGCCUUCGGGGGCAACAUCUUCAUCCGGGUGUCCGUCACCCAGGACAUGCUGGACGGCGCGGACCUGAACAUGUACCCCGACCUGCUGAACAUCCCCAAGCGGAUGCAGGACGUGCAGGAGACGGGCGCUGGGGCGGUGGCCGUGCCGGAGGGCCAGUUCGCCACGCUGCCCAGGCACACGGCGCGGAGGGGCAUCCUGAAAAAGGACUCCUCCCUGCAGCAGCAGCAACAUCAUCAGCAUCAGCAGCAACAGCAACAACAACUGCAGCAACAGCAGCAGCAGCAACCAGCCGGACUCUACACCCAUGACGAGAUCGUGAGCUACAACCUGGAGGCCAGUGGCUACGAGCCGCACCAGGCGGCGUACCACAGCACCGGCAUGGAGCUGCCGCCCCCGCCGCCGCCGCCCGCCGUCACCGCGGUGGUGCAGUGCCACCACCCGACCCCCAGCAGCUGCGCCAGCUGCAUCAACAGCGCCCCGCCGCCGCCCUCCGCCUGCCAGACGCCGCCCGUCGAGGUGACGCCCCUGCGGCCGCUGGACAGCUCCGCCUACCCCAAGUACGACAACAUGGGCCGGCGGAUCACGGCGAGCGGCGGCCUGGGCGGCUCCACCCUCUCCCUGCCCGACGAGGAGCGGUACGAGAGCGAGACGCUCUUCGGCCAGGCGGACGGGCAGGCCAAGAAGGGGGUGGCCGAGCAGGCGCAGGAUAUGCAGACCAUGCAGGACAUGCAGGACAUGCUGCAGGCGCAGGAGGCGACCCAGGGCCAGGACAAGGGCGGCGGAGCCGGCGAGUUCGUGUCGCUCUAGUAUUACGGAACGCAGGUGUAAAUAGGCCGAUAGAUCCGACCCUUGGCAAUCGUUUUGUUCAUAUCAGUUUGAGAAGCGGGUGCUCGAAGGGAAUCCAUACUAUACGAGCUAUACGAGAACUGACUGCACCACUGAGUUCCGGGGCACUCAGAACCAAGAGCAAUUCGCCAGGACCUUUUGGGUUUUCAUUUGAGAAACGUUUUUGAUUUCGAUGUCCCCUUUCCCCAAGAACGGAUCUCUUUAUUUUCGUAUGUAAGUGCUUUUUAUUUGUUUAUUAUUUCACAAUUAUUUCAUUCUACAAUCACUUUUGGGAUCGUUCCCCUCUUAAGCAUUUAUUUAUCGUUUAAACCCGAAAUUCCUCCUCUUGAAAUCCCAAGAAGCAACCUUUAAUCAAAAUCACAGAGAAUUCGUUAGGAGAGAACGUUGAGUUAGCAGCGAGAAACCAUUACACUUUCCAUUCGGACCGCACUCUCAGACUAGAUACCGCAUAAGAAUAUACUUCCAAUAUAUUAUGUAUCGGUACGUAGGCGUACUCCAUUAGAGAUCUCCGUACUGUCCCAAUCCUAGCUAGCAUUCGUAGUAGUCCACUUGAAGUCUGUACAUUUAUAGGGAUCGGUAGCGAGGUGUUCUAGAAGUAUAGUGACCAAACUGAUCUGCAUAAGCUGUAUAGUACGAUUAAUCGCAUGUGAAUGGAUCCAUAGCUGUUCGCUAUUCGAGUCUUAGACAUACUGCUUCUGGGGUGCCAGCGUCUUCGUGGGCCCACUAACCACAAACGUUUUAGAGAUCGGACACUGAAUAGGAUUAGACCCGGCUUGGGUGCGAUGGGAAGCUGAAAUUAUAUCUCUAACAUAGAUACGCUCUUUAUAAAUGUUAGCCCGAUCUAAUACGCCCCACAUAUGCGCCGUAUAACCAACCACCUUCGAUGUGCAGUGGAUACCAAUAUUAUAUAAAUACUUUAUCUAGUUUUUAGCCCGAGCCCUAAGAUAGUUCCUUUCUUGUACAUAUGUAAAUGUAUCCUAUUCGCUUAAGGACUUUUAAAUCAAAAUAAUUUUAUGCUCACUACCCACUACCGAUAAUAUCGCAUAUAUCACAAGUCGUGCCAAAUGUUUUUAGGAUCUGUUUUAACCUGUUAACCUCAUGCGAUUGUUUGGACCUUCUAGCGUUCGCAUCGAUUAUGUAACCGUAGGCAUUGCUGAACACUUAGUACCUAUGAUUUAGUCAAUCUUGAACACAGACCACUCCUAUUCUAGCGUACAGAAUAUAUACAUAAUAUCCCUUCGGUUCCACUUCCUCCAUUCGAAAUCCAGCAAGUAGACCAAAGCUAACUAAAUAAAGUACGACAUUAACAUUUACGCAACAUAUAUCUAAAUAUACAUCCGCAUAUGUUUGUACUUGUGUCUGAUGUCUGAUGUAAUCUGAAUACGUAGGAGAUACGCAAUACAAAUACGACCCGAGCGAGGCUAUAUCGAUGUGUAUAUCUUAUAUAAAUAUGUAAACAUUUAUCGAGAUCCAAAUAGGGAGAGAGUACACAAGAACGGGGGCCGCAUUAAAUGGAUUUUUGUGUCUGUAGAAAGUUUCAAAUUCGAGCUUGGUAAUGUAAAUGUAAGCUAUAGAAGUCAAUAUAAGUACACGAUAAAUUCCACUUACAUGACCACGCCCACUCCACCACCGCCCCCUUCAGCAUGAUGAAUGUAAGUGUGUAUGAGUGUGUGUGUGUGUGUAUGUCCGGAAUAAUUAAACACAUGAAUGCAAUGAAUUACUAUAAUAAUUAUGGGAAAGUAUGCUGGCAAAUAUUUGCACAACUUCCAUGAGAUUUUUACCCUUCGCUUUUAUUUUUAUUUGUUUUAUCGCUCUUGUUGUUUAAUGUGUGCCGAGUGCCGAGCGAAGGGAUUUUUGUAUUUUGGUAUUAUGAACUGGACCAGAGCAAAUUUGCACGGCGCACACAAAACACGGCAAACAAGCAAUCUAGUUUGAACUGCAAGCCCUGUCUCCCUGCGAACCUCAUUUUUGACAGCGCAGGGCGAACGAUUCAAUCAGGGCAUUAUUUGCCCGCUCUAAUGGACGGGAUCUGAACCCGAAUCUGAAUCUGAAUCUGCAACAGAAACAGAAACAGACUCUGAUUUUGAACCUGAACCUGACGGCAGAACCCUGUACAUAGGCCAUUUUAAUUACAUCACACUCGCGCAGACAGAGGCAAUAUUUUAUUCAUUUUAAAUCGUUUUAACUAAUUAAAACCAAAUGGAAACCGCCAACAGAGCGAGAGCAAAAGACAAGUGUAAACACGCAAAUAGAGUAAUGGGUAACGGGUAGCGGGUAAUGGAAAGAGUACCCCGACUAGAGGAAAUUCAAACUAUGCUUUUAACUACGGUUCCCACUUUCCACGACCGCCACGCCACGCCACGCGUUUUUCCGGACGGAGAUGGAAGCGUAACUAUGAUUUUAAUUACUCAGCCCGGGCGCAAAUGGAAGGCACACGCAGAUCCAGAUACCUAGAUGCGAAACGUAUCUGCGCCCGCGAAUCCGCUGCUCUGUGUAUCUGCGGAUCUGUGAAUCUGUGAAUCUGUGUAUCUGGCUAUCUGGGUAUCUGCAUCUGUUGUCGAGUGCCUGCGGCAUCCAUUGAGGGGCCGAAAAAGCGGUAAAAUUAACUUUUUAUGAGCGCUGCCAAGUGCUGGCAAAACAAAUUAAAUUCGAAUGAUGAAUAGUAGUAACAAAUUUGUACAAUACCAUAAAAACGCAUUGCAUAUUGCAUUUUAACUUGAAUUCCAUUCAAAAGCUGAAAUUAGCCAAAUCCUACGAGCCACACACACAAUCCAUCACGACGUGCACACUUGUAUACUCGAAUUCGCAUUAUAAAUACAAACAUCCCAACAGGACUGGACAUGAGAACAGUUGACGACAGGACACACGAAUAGGGUUACGGAUACGGACGCGGAUACGGAGACAGAUACAGAAUCGGACAUGACAUACCGGAACGAGCGAACAUUUAACAAGAAUAUAGCCGAGAAUACAUUGUAAUAGCAUUAAUAGAUUGUCAAGCUUUAUUACACACUAUAUUAACAUAGAUGGAAUAAUAAUAAUUAUUAUUAUUACAGUAAUAAUACGAGUAACAGACGAACACAAAGAGAAAUAUGAAUAAAUUGAAUAAAACCAGAAA